AUGGCCAUCUUGAAAAUGAUCUGCCAUCUUGGAGUAUCAGUAAAGCAUUUGAAGUCUUCUAAAACCUUAGAUAGUCAAACAGAAAAUGAUGAAGAUCAGUCUCGAGUAGCUCAGAUGAAUCAGAGUAUAGUUCGUCUUAAUUUUCUUUUCACUUUGAGUUUUGGACUUCGCACUUCUGUUAAUAAAGAAGACUAUUUCUGCAUCUUGAGUAAGAUUCAACAGUUGGAAGAAUUAAAGCAACACAAGGAUGAUGAUCUUCUUAAAGGUCAAUUAGUGAAGAGCCAAAGGGUGAAUGAAAUGAUACCAGUGCAUAUGGAUCAAAGAUUGCAACUCAUUUUCUACCCCAUAUUACUUUAUUCUUCAGAACUUGGUGAAAAUUUGUAAUUUUGUGAACUAGU